GCCACCUCAUCCACGAAGCACAAGAGUAACGGUGGCACGAGUUGAGAGGCGGUGUGUGUCCUUCAAGUAACACAUAAAUACCCUCCCAGCAUACGUGCCUUCGAUCAAAUAGUUUCCAGAGACCACCAUUUCUCGCGCGUGCACGAUCAUGACCGACAAGAAGAAACCGAUGAUUUCUUGUAUUCUGGAUGUAGUUCCGACCCCUUGCCCCCCACCACGAACUUUGAGUCACGGCAUAUAUACAGUUGCCUACGAAAGCCCGUCGCCUCUCAACUGGACCUCGGACAUUCGAGCUUGGAUUGGACAGUAUUUUGUCUCCUUCACCAACUUAUCCUAUGCUCGAAGGCUUCUCGGGGAAAUAUAUUUACUAGGUCCUGGGCUGUUGAUCGGUCAUAUCUGCGUCACGCUGUGGCUUGGCAUCUCCGAUGCACUACUUCUCUUCUGUUUAGGUUCCAUAAUCAAUUUUGUCGAGGGUCAGUCCUCGGGAGACGUGUCUCACGAUUCACUUGAUAUUGCCAUCUACGGAGGGUUCCUCUGCGCCAUCGUCGAACCUACUUGCAGUCGUUGCCUAACAUACGUGAACGACAUCAUUAAUACUCGCUUGAAAGCACAUUUCCUUCCCCAGCUUAUUGAAGCCAGUAUGCGUGUGGAUGUGUCUUCGAUGCAAGAUUGUUACACAAUAUUUCCCGUGAGGGGUCACUUUGCGUCGGAUGUACCAGGCUCGUCAUUUUUGCAAGGUUUAUUUCACAUCACUCGCACCACCAUUUCCCUGCUGUCGCAAGUAGCCGUCUUAAUGAACGCAGUACUGCACAAACCAAGUCCGGAGAGAGAGGUAUUGUUUCUAUUUUGCAUUGCUCAUCCGCUCGUCCGCUGGUUGGCACCAUCCAAUGUUACCGGUACUCAAGGAUACAUCUUUUAUACACUCAACGUGCCCUUCAAGCAAAUGAAAGCUCUAUAUGACCUGGCAUUUUCACCUCAAUAUCGAGAGGAACUGAUACUCAACGGCGCCACCAACAGCAUCCACUCUGAAUACAAGAAGUCGACUGAGCAGCUCGGUGAUGAAAUUGUGACUGAACCGUUUCCCUGGGCAGGUGGUUUGAUCAGAAGGUGGUACUGGGACUUCCUAAUCAAUUUAACCCUCGACCUUCCACUCGCGGUCUAUGCGCUGGUUUUGCCUCAUCGUCUUUCGCCUUCUUCUGUGAUGGCAAUUGCUCUGCUGCAACAAGCGACCAACAGGCUUUCCCUAAGCAUCGGCGAAUAUGGAAUGAAUACAUCGAUAAAGAGCUUGUGCCUUCAGGCAAAGUGGCUCUACGACGCUAUCGGUUACAAGAGCAAAAUAUCCAAUGGACCGAUGUCUUAUCCAAAUCCCUCACAAUGUAGCUCGUCGGAUGGGAUGAAAAUAUCUUUUCGACAAGUAUCGCUUCGUUACGAGAAAUGCAGUCACAAAGCUCUUGACAAUGUCACCCUGGAGAUUGCUCCUGGUCAGCUUGUUCUUGUCGUCGGUGUCAAUGGCAGCGGGAAAUCUUCGUUAUUGAAGCUCAUUGCGCGUCUCUCCAAUCCUACUGAAGGAGAAAUUUUGAUUGACGACAAUUCAUUGUCGACGUAUGAUUCCGAUGAUGUGCGCGCAUCAAUUGCAUUCUUGCCCCAGCUCCCCCUGUUGUUUCCCAUGUCGGUGAAGGAGAACAUCUGCCUUGGGUUGCCAUCCUGUGUUCAUGCGACCGAUGAGCAAAUUCAAGAAGCAGCCAAAAUGGGUAGUUGCACGAACUGGGUUUCAAAAUUGCAGAAUGGCUAUGAUACGCAGGUAAAACCUACUCAUGACAUCGGGAACGCGUGGGCCGACGGAGCUUAUGGCACUAUCUCUGAGAGAUUACGGGAAGAAUUGGCGCGUCAUAACCAGCAGACAGUCACAAUCUCCGGUGGUGAAAAACAACGACUUGCAGCGGCUAGAACUUUUAUGAGGAUUAAUCACACAGAUAUCAGACUAGUCGUAGUCGAUGAAGCCACGUCGUCUUUGGACGCUAUCACGGAACGCGAUAUUCUCACUCAGUUUCACCAUGUCCGCCAAGGAAAGACGAUGAUCCUUGUCACCCACCGCUUCCACCAUCUUGUCAAGGAGGCUGAUCAGAUCAUAUGUAUGAAGGAUGGAUGCGUGGUCGAGCGAGGGACGCAUCAUCAACUGAUCGAAGGCGAUGGGGAGUAUGCGAAGCUGUAUAAUGCGCAAGUUCUCUCGGCAUAAUCUUGGAUGCCUUUGCGUCGGUAAUUUUGUGACUCUUCUUGUGCUGAUGUUUCUCGUACGCUUGUGUUUACGUUCCCCCAUCUUAUUUUUGUGCCCUUAAUUAUGAUAUCU